AUGUCCGGCCUCACAAUCCACCACCUCCGCCGCUCCCAGUCCGAGCGAGUCAUCUGGCUCUGCGAAGAACUCAACCUCCCCUACAACCUAGUCUGCCACGGCCGAGCACCCACCCUGCAGGCCCCAGAAUCCUACCGCGCCCUCCACUGGGCCGGCACAGCCCCCAUAAUCGAAGACAAAACCACCAGCGGCACCACCAUCACCCUCGCUGAAACAGGCGCCAUCUUCGAAUACAUCCUCACCAAAUACGCCAACGGCCGCCUCUCCUACCCGCCAGACCACCCGCAGUACCCAGACUACGUUUUCUGGCUGCACCGCGCAAACGGGUCCUUUCAGCCCGCGCUCAUGUCUAUCAUGUACAAUAAGCUGCGUGGCGGGAGCGACAAGGACCGCGUGUCGCAGGUGAUGCAGAGACGGCUAAGGGCUAAUUUUGAGGCGAUGGAGAGGCAGUUGGGACGGUUUAGGUAUUUGGCUGGGAAUGAGCUUACGGCUGCGGAUUGCGUUACUGUGUUUUCGUUGACGACGGGACGGUUGUUUAUCCCGUAUGGACUGGAGGAGUAUCCGAAUAUCAUGAGGUAUCUGGAGAGGAUUGGGGAGAGGGAGGCUUUUAGGAGGGCUAUGGAAAAGGGGGAUCCGGGCUUGACUCCUGUGUUGUCGGCGGAGGCGCCGAGGGAGACUAUGUGGAAGUUGUAA